AUGUAUUACUUUAUAGGUGCAGUGUACCUGUAUGACUGCCCCCGGCAGCACUACAUCCCCAUUUACCUGGUGGUAAUGGGGGCCUCCGGCCUGGCCCUAGCCCUGCUCUCCUGCCUACCAUGUGCCCAGGACUCAGAUGACAUGGCCCCCAACCUCCUAAACCACCUCUGCACCACCUGGAGCACCCUGGCCUCCCUCUUCCUCUUCUGCUGGUUCAUCAGCGGUAACGUGUGGAUCUACUCCAUCUAUCAGCCCAAUUUCAACCAGACACUGACUGAGGACCCCUACUGCAACAAGACCCUGUACCUGUUUGCCUUCUGGACCACCACUCUAGCUUACGUUGUGCUGGGCCUUCUGCUGCUGGGGGGAUGCUGUAUGCUUGUCUGUGCCUUUAUACUGGGCAAGAGGGACCCUGAUGACAACAGAUCAUGA